AUGAAAACUGCUUACACUGGUUGGUCCUGGUGUUAUGCUCAUGGUCAGUUACCGUCGCGUGAUAAGACGAAUAGGAGAAGUGAUGGUAGCAAUACUAUAAUAGUCUUCGACUGGGAUGACACUAUACUGCCGACGACCUGGUUGGAAAGGCAACACCAACUGGACUCGGGUGGUAUGAGGCUCAAACCAUGUACUAAGGGAAAGCCAAAGCAUCACCAGCAUUUGAACAUAUUCCAGCAGUUGAUGAUAAUAACCAAUGCGGCCCCAGGAUGGGUGGAGGCCUCUUGCCAACAGUUCAUGCCCGCCCUAGUACCCUUCGUAGAGAGUGUACCUCUCUUUGCUAGGCCCGUCAGUGCCCUCAUGAGCACAUGGAAACUCGAUGCUUUUGCUAAGGAAUGCGGAGGUGCCGAUGUGGACAGCGUGGUGUCUCUGGGUGAUGGUCCAAUAGAGCGACAAGCUUGCCUUAGGCUCAGGGACAGGGAUAUACAUGUUAAGAGUGUUAAAUUCAAAGAGUCCCCGUCCGUACAUGAGCUCAUCAAUGAGCAUGAACUACUCCAUCUGAGGUUGAAAGACUUACUCAACCACCAGUCGGAUUUAGAUCUCCGCUUAGUUUGCAACACCAGUACACAGAUAAUCAACGGGCGGCCCCCAUGCAGUAUCCUACACAUUAGUAAACUAAACAAGAUGACUAAAACCAAGCCCGUGAACCCUUCUACUGUGGUUUUACCAAGGAUACCUCAGGCCGGGAACAACUACUACAACCUACCACCACAACAACAACAGUCCAUGGACAAGUAA